UGCUACCUCCUCUUCUUCUCCCUCUCCCUCUCCCUCUCCCCCUCCCCCAGAAUCAAUCCAUUUUCUUCCCCAGAUCGACCAACCUCUGUACUCCACACUAUAGCCCAGCCCAAUCAGGGAUCUACUAAUUUCUUCAGUUUCAGAUCUUGUUGCUUCUUCUUCCUUCAGAUCCGUCAUACCUUGUUCGCAGCGUAGCGCAGCGAUGUGGUCGUCUUUUCGAUUCUUCUUCGCCUUCGUUGUGUUCUUCGCCUUCCUUACAUCUUCCGCUCUUGGCAAGUAUAAACCUGGCGAUGCUGUCAUUCUAUGGGUAAACAAAGUUGGCCCAUAUAAUAAUCCUCAAGAAACCUACAACUAUUACAGCCUCCCCUUUUGUCACCCAGCCGGCAAAGCUGCUCACAAGUGGGGUGGGCUUGGUGAGGUUCUUGGUGGAAAUGAGCUCAUUGAUAGCCAAAUCGACAUCAAAUUUAAGAGAGAUGUACCGAAAGCGACAAUUUGUGAAAUUGAGCUAGAUGCUGCUAAGGCAAAACAGUUCAAGGAUGCAAUUGACAAUUCAUACUGGUUUGAACUUUUUAUGGAUGAUCUGCCUUUAUGGGGGUUUGUUGGUGAGGUUGUACCUGACAGAGAUCGUGAUAACAAGCACGUGCUUUGGACACACAAGAAUUUUAUCAUUAACUACAAUGAGGAUCAGAUUAUUCAUGUUAAUCUAACUCAACACAAUCCCAAACCACUUGAAGAGGGACGAUUAUUGGAACUGACUUACUCUGUCAAAUGGGUUCCAACUAAUAUCACCUAUGCUCGCCGUUUCGAUGUGUACCUGGAUUAUCCAUUCUUUGAGCACCAGAUUCAUUGGUUUUCAGUUUUUAAUUCUUUCAUGAUGGUAAUUUUCCUUACUGGUUUGGUAUCCAUGAUACUAAUGCGCACCCUUCGCAAUGACUACGCAAAAUAUGCUCGAGAGGAUGAUGAUUUAGAAACUCUGGAACGGGAUGUUAGUGAAGAAUCUGGAUGGAAGCUUGUACAUGGUGAUGUCUUUCGGCCUUCACAAAAUUUGGCGCUGCUAUCCGCUGUUGUUGGCACUGGUGCUCAGCUAGCUAUGCUUGUUCUCCUUGUCAUCAUUUUAGCAAUUGUUGGAACCCUAUAUAUAGGGAGAGGAGCUAUUGCCACUACUUUCAUCAUAUGUUAUGCUUUUACUUCAUUCAUUGCUGGUUAUGUGAGCGGUGGCAUGUAUUCCCGCAACGGGGGUAAAAAAUGGAUAAAAUCGAUGAUACUCACAGCAUCACUUUUUCCUUUCUUGUGCUUUGGUAUUGGCUUCAUCUUAAACACAAUUGCCAUAUUUUAUGGAUCCCUGGCUGCUAUUCCCUUUGGCACUAUGGUUGUGGUUUUUGUGAUAUGGGCAUUUAUUUCUUUCCCCUUGGCUCUUCUUGGCACUGUAAUUGGAAGAAAUUGGAGUGGGACUCCAAACAAUCCCUGCCGAGUGAAGACCAUUCCUCGUCCAAUUCCAGAAAAGAAAUGGUAUCUGACCCCAUCUGUUAUAUCGCUCAUGGGAGGACUUCUUCCUUUUGGAAGCAUUUUUAUUGAAAUGUAUUUUGUCUUCACUUCUUUCUGGAAUUAUAAGGUUUACUAUGUGUAUGGCUUCAUGCUUCUUGUGUUUGUAAUUCUGAUCAUUGUAACCAUCUGUGUGACAAUUGUUGGGACAUAUUUCUUGCUGAAUGCCGAGAACUACCACUGGCAGUGGACUUCAUUUUCUUCGGCUGCUUCUACUGCACUUUAUGUCUACUUGUAUUCGAUAUAUUACUACUAUGUCAAGACUAAGAUGUCGGGCUUCUUCCAGACCAGCUUUUACUUUGGAUACACCUUGAUGUUUUGUCUUGGUUUGGGAAUACUCUGCGGUGCUGUUGGAUAUUUGGGGUCCAACUUGUUUGUCAGGAGGAUUUACAGAAAUAUCAAAUGCGACUAGUUGUAGAAUAUACCACCGAUGAUGAGGUCCAUGUUAAAUUAUGCGUUUUGGGAGAUGAGGAAACAACGGCUUCAUGGGCACCGAAUUUUCUUUUACAUUUUUUGUUUAUUGUUUUUCUUUUUUAAUGGUAGCGUCGAAACGAGUUGAUGUGGCAGGUUCGCCGAGUCUUGUAGUGUCUGUGUCUGUCAAUUCAACUACUCACCCCUUGCUCUCUCUUUACAUGGAAAUCUCUGUUCAGCUGAUAGCUUGUAAAUCUUUGCCAUUUAGGCAUUUGUUAUUAUUCAUUGAUUCCCCUAA